AUCCCAUGUUGCUUUGCGUGAGUGAGGAUAAGAGAUCCCACAUUUCCAUAUGGCAGUCAUUCUGUGGUCGCAUCUCAGGAGACAAGGACAUCACCAUGAGUGCCCCUGUUCUGCGCGGAGAUGUUACGCUAGUCAACCACAACUUGAUGGAGGUGUUCAAGGCGGUGAUGAGCGAGGCGCCUCUGCCGGACGACGACCAGCUCGCUAGGUUCGAUCCGGAGGUUCCUCUUCGGAGUAUGAGCGGGGACGAGCUGAAGAAACGCUUGUCCGAGCUCACCGGAGAGGAUGCCGAGCUGCUCCUGGCCAUGACGGGGAAGGACGUGAAGGCGCAGGAAACGAUCGUAAGGCUGGCCCACUUCACGAUCCUGGCCGCCAACAGCUCUGCAGCCGCGACGCAAAAGAUCACGGCGUCGCCGGCUGGGAAGACGGCAGCACAGGCUGUCGCCAACAUGCUGGAAGGGCAGGGCGACGCCACCGGACAGAAGGCACCGUCCACCGCGACCCGGGAGUCCGACACCACCAAGCCGCCGCCGGCGAAGAAGGCCAAGAAGUCCAAGCAGCCCCCGCCUCCGACCGAGAACGACUCCGACAGCGACGAGGCUGCGUUGGAGGAUGAAACGCUUCAGCGGGAAGUGGACAAGGUGAAAGAAAUGUGCCUGGAUCCACUCAUUCAUAGGUACCCGGCGAAGUUGCACGGGGCCCUGAUGAAGUUGGUGGAGACAGCUCGCCGCACGCGCGCCAAGCAGAUGGUGGUGGCUCGGUACAUGUCGGUGGCGGAGUUCUGCUUGAGGCACGCCGCCGAAGAGGGCAUUGGCGAACAGAUCCGCCUGAUGUUGAUGACGCCGGGCGAGAGACGCUUUAUGGAGGAGGCAAGGAGGGCUGAAGCAGCCCUCCACGGGCGAAGAGCGCCACAUCCAACCGCCGCCUGGGGACCACCCCCCGACCGCUUCCCGCCACGCCGCCAGGACGAGGGGGCCACAGGAUGGGGACCGCCCCCGGCCCGCCGCCCUUUCCAGGGCAGAGGGGGGGCCAGGCGGUCCCAGACCUGCUACAACUGUGGCAAGAAAGGACACUGGGCAAAGGACUGUUUUCUGCCCCCCAAGGGCCAGUAGUUUAGAUGGCAAAGCAGCCCGAUAGGGGAUCACACGUGAAGCGUGGACAGAAGAGGAGUAAGAACUUAGAACUGUAGGGUAGCUCAACGUCACGUUAACUUAUAUUUCUAUCGACACGGAAUUAGGAGUAGGACACGUAGAUAAUAUAGAGGAGAGGAACCAGCACCGUAUAUCACGCUGAACGUAGAAGUUAAAAUUCACCCUACAUUAGUCAAUUGUAC